AAUUUUGGUUUAACAACAUAGUCUUAAAAAUAUAAAUCAAAGUAGUUAAUAAAAGGAAAAUAAAAAAAAUUAAAAAGUGUAAUUUUUAGGACCAAACUGAAGAAAUAAAAAAUAUGAGAAUCAAAGUGUCAAUUGAUGAAAGAUGAAAGACCAGAACAGUUUUCCAAAGAAGAACCAAAAUUGCAUUUUGGUCCAAAAUCUCCGACACGAACUCUGUGUCCGCUAUGCAGUGAAGGUGUCAGUACUUACUUUGAAGUGUCGACACCUGUUCUAUUUUCAGCAAGUCGUAGUCGCUUUUUAUUUUGGCGCAGGUUCCAAGUACAUUCCCUUUUAAGUAUUCUAAAAUCUUAUAUCUAAAAUCUUAUAAAUUCUUUUCCAGAUAAAAAUUGAUAAGAGCU